AUGGGCGGGGCGGGCGCCUGGGGCCGCGAUGCGCCCGCGCUACUGAGCACGGCGCUGCUGCUGGGAGGCGCGGGCGCAGGUUCUCUGUCUGACCGCCCUCCACCGCCGCUCUUCACCAUCGACAGUAUCCUAGCGCCGCGACCGCCGCCGCAAAUACCGCCGCUGCAGCUUCAUCACCUUGCUCACACACCCUUCCACAGAGCACAUGAGCUUUUCGGUACGUGUGUCAGUAACGCAGUCACGAAUGCAAACAACUAUGCAAAUCUAUAUGGUGGCUACGCGGCGGCAGCGCUGGCAGGUUUGUCGGGUCCACCUCCAAAACGUAAACGUAGACAUAGAACCAUCUUUACCGAGGAGCAACUAGAACAACUUGAGAGUACUUUUGACAAGACUCAUUAUCCUGACGUCGUGCUAAGAGAACAACUAGCGCUGAGGGUGGACUUGAAAGAAGAAAGAGUUGAGGUAUGGUUUAAAAACCGUCGUGCUAAAUGGCGAAAACAAAAGCGAGAAGAACAAGAAAGACUUCGUAAGUUACAAGAAGAGCGAGCGUGCGGCCGUGCAUUGGCUCAGCAAAGGGCACACAUGUCGUCACCACUACGGCCGCCGCCCGCGCCUCCUACGCCUAGGUCUUAUAGCGAUGAAUCUGAGGACUCUGACCUGGAGGUCGCCUAAAGUGAAGUGAUAAAAUAAAGCACAAUCUACCCCAUGUCUUAGAUAAAAUCCUUACAUUUUACGCCGUGAAACUCAGAACAAAACAAAUAGUUUUUCCAAUGUCAUGCUCUUAUUUCCAUACUGAUACUAUUAUUAUAUCAGUAAGUAAUUUUAAAUAGGAACAAAGUUUUAACGCAC